AUGCUCCUUCAAGAAAACUCAAAUGUCGAUACGAAUCAAAUUAAUUUGGCUUUAUAUACUCUUACAAAAGAUCCAAAGUAUCAUAUUGUUAAACCAGUUGAAGAACCGGUAGUUAACAACGAUCCGAAUGCAAAAGACAGAAUCGAGCAGAUAAAUCAGAAACUUAAAUCACAAUUAUUGAAAAAUGAAACAGAUUUACACCUUGAGCUUGAUACGCUUAAGGCAAAUUAUGAUGCCCAGCCGAGACUUGUUGAGUCCAAUAAAGAGAACCUUUAUGCAAGUGAGCCGACAUUCAGCUUGCAAGAAAUUUCAGAUUUAAGAUCCAAAGAGCAGUAUUAUAGGUCAUUACAUAAUCAAAAGAAGGCAGAAGCGGUACAAAAGAAAAUUAUGUCAAUUAUUGAAUCACAUAAGUGUGAAACAAGAAAGAAAAUCGAAAAUGAAAUUAAUGCUCAGAGAAGAACUAUCCAAGAAAACUACGAAUCAAAAUGUAAGAUCAAAAUCAAUCAUUAUAAGUGCAUGGCGCGAAAAAUGAAACAAGCUGCUCAAAAAGAUAUUGAUAAGGUUAGUAGAGUAUACUUGGUCAAAUCAGCUCCUACUCUUCCACUUCUUAAUACCAGAAGAAAAGCUUAA